AAUAUGCUUUCUAAGUACUUUACUUUACUUUACUUUCUGGUGAGAGAAGAGAGGGCAACGAAGGUGAUGAUGAUGGGAUCCAAGAGACAGAGAUCGGUCCGCCCACGAAGUCGUCUAUGACGUCAACAAAGAGAGAAUAAUAGAAAAAAGAAAACCAGAGCACCACAUAGAAGACGCAGAUCUUGGCAUUUACAUGGGGAACCGGUCCUUCGCCUCUGAACCCCACUUGCUGGCACUCUUCCAAUUUUCUUUGCUCAUUACCUUCUAUCUCUCUGCCUUUCUCUGGGCCACAUCGAGUGACUGAUGCAGGGGGGACAGGCCUACCAAACAAGGGAAAGGAAAAAAUGGAAAUAGUUCCUGUACCAGGCAAGGCUCUGGCAACUUCGCCAAUAACCCCAAACCAACUAGCUAGAAAACAGGCACAGGAAAUAACAUUCUCACCUGAAUCAAUACCAAUAGCUACUAGCUCAGGCGGAGAAAAAAACAAAUUUUUAGAAACCUCUUUUAUAUCUACUAUUAUAAUAGAGGAUAUUCAUAAAGAUAACGACCCAUAUGAAAUAGCAACUAUUUAUUUAAACAAUCACCUACACCCAUCCAAUAAUGAUAAAACCCGAGAAUGGUAUGAAGCCAUCCUCCUUGAAACAGAGUCAAUUAUAUUGGUCCACUACCUUAGAAUGAAUACUAACAUAAUAGCAUACUCAAAAUUCCAAAUAUAUAAAAUAAUAUCAUAUAAGGAAUGGGGUAUGGACCUGUCAAAACCCAGGAAAUUGCAAAGAGAAGGGUUUAAUAAUAAAUAUUUUCAAUAUUCUGAAUAUAUCGAAGCCUGGCAUAAUGUCUUUGCCUUUCAAAAUAAUAAUAAUUCUCAUAAGUGGUUAAUCCAAAUAAAAAUACCAAUCAAAGGAGAAUUCCCGAAUUGGUUCAAAAAUUGGUUCCAAUUAUGGGGAUCAAGAACUGAAAUAUUACCACCAAAUAUUCAAACUUCGCAAAGGAAGUUUAUUGACUAUAAUAAUAGUGAUACCAGAAUAGAUCUACAUAUGUAUUUUAUGGUUUUAUAUCAAAUACCAUGGAUUAUGAAAUGGUCCUACCAAAUAUCAGAUGAUUAUACAAACAAUUGGGAAUAUAUCCCAAAAUUGGGUAGGCAAGUGUAUAUAAAGUGGUGGGAUGUUUAUGAAAAUAAAUCCCUUGAUCCAGAAAGCAUAAAAAUAAAGAGGGUGCCAUUUUCACCCCUGGAAGCAGGAAUUAGUAUGACUGAUUAUAUAAAUAAGAUGCGCCAGUAGAACCCUAUGGCCACAAAAGAGGAACUUAAAUAGAAAUUGUUACAAAUCUUCAAUGAAGAAGAGGAGGCUAUGUCUACAUCUACGCAAAACGAAGAAGAUUACGCAUAAGAGAAUGAAGACAUCAAGUUCGGGCUAUCUCAAAGAUGAUUCGAGCCAAACUAGGGACGGAGUGACUGCAAACCAAAAGCACACGAGUCCCGACAAAAGUUACUGGCACCUUUUUGUCUCUUCACCCUUUCACUUUUCACUGUUCAUACCUUUUGUCAUAUCACCGACGCCUUUUUGGCUUGUCACCCUUUACUUUUUCCUUGCUCACGCUUUCUAUCUCAUCACUGACACCUUUGGGGUCUUAUCAGCCAGCGGACUUGAACUAAAUAUUAGACGUCCGCCAACUAUAAAAGGGGAGGGUAGGAGCUCAUUGGGUACCGAGAGUUUCUCCCUCAGUCUCUAGUCCUCUACCUCUAUGCAACCAACCCCUCUACAACCUACCUCUCUGCAACCUACCUCUUUGCAAUUUUCUUUCUAUUUACUGUAUAUCUGGUGGUGUAUCUAGCCAACCAGAUCUUGUUUUUAAGAGUGAUUUUUAGAGCAAUUUAUGUGAUUGUAACCAUAUAUGCUUCAUGAUUGUCAAGUUGCCAUCAGGGACUAUACCCAAAUUGUCUUC